GACAAAUGAGAUUGUUGUAGUAGAAUGAUUCAUAAAAAUAACCCAAAAUCCAUAGGUUUGAAGAAAGACAUGAGCAACAGACAAUUAUCUAGAACUCACUCUGUUUUUUAUAAUCAUGGUUAGCAAAUGGUUUCAGAGAUCCAAGGAAAUAUUAGUAUAUAUUAUAUACUCGAACAUAGAUUUGGUAACUUGGGAUAGUUGAUUUGGUAUAAUUUUUUCUUGGUGAGUAGCUUUUCGUUGGGCUGGUGAGAAUGUGUAGCUGUAAGCAUUGAUGACUGUGGACCCUCCUGAGAAUUGCAAGGCAUGUUGAGAACCAGGCUUUUAGUUAAAGGUGUUUUGAGUGUUUUCGUUUUGUUCUGCUCACGUCUAAUCAUGAACAGAAGAGUGUUCUCGUAGGAAUACUAAUUUGGAGUGACGUGAGCAGGAGGCCUGCUAAAGUUUUGUUUCAAACAUGAAUGAUUAAACCUAGGCGAUUCAGCUACUCCAAUUUGAGAUCAGUGACAAGCAGGAAUAUAGUCAAUCAGAUCUGAAGCUGAACUUUGAACAGUGAGGAAUGUAGUGUGCAUAUCUCUUUCAUUAGUUGGAAGAAUUGCAUUGAUCUAUGGAGGACUUGAAGUGGAGUAAUGUAUCAUCUAUUCUACCAAUGUCAUCUGUUCCUGAGCUGUCUGCUGGGAAUGUUGAGGAGAGUUGCAUUCUCGAGAUCCUGCAGCAAUUUGAUUUUUACUCUACUCUAGUACAAUCCAAUGGCAUUAUUCCUCAACACCCACUUAAGCAAAUAGAAGGGCAGCUAAAUCCCAGCUUGGUAGAUAACAUUGUGCUUACAAACUCCAGAUCUGUAAUAGGUUGGGGUAAUGAUCUACCCCAAGAAAUCCCAGCUUCUUCUUCUGGUACUUCUGAUAAUCAGAUCAUGCAGACCAAGCCUGAGAUAUAUCAAAAUGACAGUCUGAAUCAUGUUGUUGCAUGUCAGCAGCAAGUUGAUUCUACUUCCUGCAAUGAUGCAGUACAGUUCAGUUACAGUUAUGAUGUGAACCAGCAGUGCUCUGAAUCUUUGGACUGUGUACCCACUUCCUGUUUACAAAUGGACGAUGGGAUGUCACCGACUAGUACCACAGAGCAAGAUGCCAUUGGGAAUAUAAAAUCGAGGGUAUUGUGUGAUUCAAUCCCACCACCAAAAAGUACAAGCAAUAGUAUGACUUGUUCAUUAGAAAAGCAUGUUAAUAGUAUUGAUAUCUUUGAGGGUUACCAUUAUCAGUCAGUCUCCCAAUACUCAUCAGAACCCAUGAAAUCCAAGGCUAUCAAGUGUAAUCCCAAAUCCAAAUCCAAACCCAAACCCAAAUCCAAAAUCACUACCACAAGUUAUAAAGAUAAUACCCACCUCAGAAUGAAUGGUAAUAAUUUUUCCACAACAUCUUCAUGCCUUGUAUUUGAUCAUGUAAAUCCUGCAGGAACAGAACCUGAUAUAGAAGCCAUUGCCACCAUGAGAGAAAUGAUUUACAGGGCUGCAACUUUCAGGCCUGUUAAUGUAGGAAUAGAGGUUUCAGAAAAGCCCAAGCGCAAGAAUCUGAGGAUUUCGAGUGACCCACAGACAGUUGCAGCACGUCAGAGGAGGGAGAGGAUCAGUGAUAGGAUCAGAAUACUUCAAAGGCUUGUUCCAGGUGGAACUAAAUUGGAUACAGCUUCUAUGCUUGAUGAAGCAGUUAACUACCUCAAAUUCCUCCAGACCCAGGUUAAAUCUCUGCAAUCCUUGGCUUCUAACAAUACUGAGAUUGAUAACAUGCAGAUCAGCUCCAUUAAGGGCAUCCACUUAGCUGGAGGAUCUCUUAACUCCUCCUUCUCCUUGAAUACUUCUAUGAAUUCUGAUCUUUAUCAUGAUAGUCCGUUGUAAAUAAAUGUUUGCUGCAGAACCUGUAAUCUAAACUUCGAAGUCAUGAACAGAUAUUUGGGUAUGUCAAAACUACCUAUUGAUGUAGUAGUUACUAGUUUGUUUGGUUUGGGUAACCUUGAAUACUGCGAUUUCAUCUGGGUUAAUUGUAUACUCUUCUGAGCUAACAGAUUUAAGACAUUAAACUUAAAUUAAUGACUGUACAGGUAUUC